AUGGCGAACAAGGUGAUCGGUGAAAUGGGUCUGCCCAAAUCCAUUGGGAACAUAUUUGCUGCUCGCAAUAUCAUCACUGCAAAGGAUGCAUUGUCAUUGACUGAAUUUGAGUUGAUGGAAUUGUUAGAUGUGGAUUUGGCAGAAGUUAUGUGUGCAGUGGCUCUCAUUAGCGAGAUUGCUUCUCCACCAUAUCAAACGGUGCAAUCUCUGCUGGAGCAACGAAUGCAAAAUGAGUAUCUCACAGGCCAUCUUCCCACGCAUCUCAAGGGUCUUGAUGCAGCAUUAUCUGGUGGAAUACCAUUUGGUGCUUUGACGGAGUUGGUUGGGCCCGCAGGAAUUGGAAAAUCACAAUUCUGCUUGAAGAUUUCUCUUUUGGCUACACUGCCAUCUUGUUAUGGAGGCUUGGAUGGUCAUGUAAUAUAUAUUGAUGUAGAAUCCAAAUUUAGUUCAAGAAGGUUAAUUGAAAUUGGUCUCAAUAGUUUCCCAGAAAUAUUUUGUUUGGAGGGCAUGGCAAAAGAGAUGGCAGGUAGGAUCACAGUUCUACGACCAGGUUCCUUGACCGAGUUCACUGAGAGCUUGCAGAAAAUCAAGUUUUCAAUCCUCCAGCAGCAAGUGAAGUUGCUAGUCAUUGAUAGCAUGGCUGCUCUUGUUUCAGGGGAAUACGAACAAGGACCUCCAAGGCAACAUCCAUUGGGCUGGCAUAUAUCACUUGUCAAGUCACUGGCUGAAUUUUCAAGAAUACCCGUGGUGAUGACAAACCAAGUAAGAUCUCGAAGCACGAGUGAAAUCUCUCAGUAUUCUUUCCAAGCGGAGAGCAGGGUCGGUGUUAUAGAAGAUACUGCCAAUUUUGAUUCUCAUCUUGUUGCUGCUUUGGGAAUUCACUGGGCUCAUGCUGUUACCAUUCGUCUAGUUCUUGAAUCUAGAUCAGGCCAACGAUUUAUAAAGGUGGCAAAAUCUCCAAUGUCGCCACCUCUUGCAUUCCCUUUUGAAGUUACUUCAUCGGGGAUAUUAUUGCUUAAUGAUGAUGGAGUAGAAAUGACAGGACCGCAAAUAAAUGCAAUCGAUCAUCAAGGUCACAGUGACAUAAUUUGUCAUAGGGAUGAAAGGUGAAGAUCAUAUAAGCUUGCAUCACCCAUGUCUUUUGAGCUCGUUUCAAUUGCUUCCUGUGGCCUAAUUUCUAGCAAAUCUUCACAACUG